AUGAACCAAUCAACUACUCCUAGUCCUAAUUCCUCUGGUCUAAGACAAGCCCAAAGUCCCUUCACCCUGGCAGCUAGUGGGAGGAUGCCCGAGGAGAGAGUGAACGACUGCCACUUAGCCUUGACCAAGUUCAUUGUUAAAGGUCUACACCCCUUUGCAACAGUGGAGUCCAACUGUUUUAGGGAUAUGUGCAGGGCACUUAACCCUAAAUAUACCCCUCCCUCCAGAAGUUACGUCAGUGACACAUUAAUUCCUUCAUGGUAUGGUGUUGAAAAGGCCAAUGUGAUCAGUGAGCUAAAGGAUGUCCCAAAGCUGGCCAUCACAUCAGAUGGGUGGACCAGCCUCCGGCAGGAUCACUAUCUCACAGUGACAGUGCAUUACACAAGCCAGGGCAGUGUAAAACAGAAGGUUCUCCACACCAGGCCAGUGUACAAAUCCCAAACUGGCGAAGUAGUGGCCGAGGAGAUCUCAGACAUUCUGGAAGAGUUUGAGAUUGAGCCAAUCAAGAUUGUAGCUGUAACUGUUGAUAAUGCUGGCAAUAUGGAUGUUGCUAUCAAGAAGCUACAGAUCCUAAAAAUAGGAUGUUUUGCUCAUACAUUAAAUCUGGCUGCACAGAAAAUUUACAAAAUUGCAUCCAUUGAUAAAUGGGCAGCCCGAAUCAGAGCAGUGGUUGUGUGGUUCAAGAGGUCCUCCAUGUCCAAAACAGUGUUGACAGAAAAACAAAACCUCCUUGGCCUUCCACAACACUCACUAAUCCUGGAUGUCAAGACCAGGUGGAACUCUCUAUAUCUAAUGAUAGAGAGAUUUAUGGAGCAGUAUCCAGCGAUCCAAGCAGCAGCCUUGGACCCACGACUGCGAAAAGCAUUGUCCAAGGACAACCUGGACCGUGUGAAAGAUGAGGACUUCCAUAAGGCUGAGGAGUUUGUCCAGCUCAUGAAAAUCCUUUAUACAUCCACAUUGUGUGUAUCAUGUGAAAAGAAUGCCACCUGUGGACAGAUCUUACCCAUCCUUCAAAAACUGGAAGACCAUUUUACUGUGAAGGAUGAGGAUACCAUGUUUGUGGCUUCAAUCAAAGAGAAGGUGUGGGAGAACCUCUCCCAGCGAUAUCAGAAUGAUGACAUUCAAGCUUUCCUGCAUGAGGCCACAGCAAUGGACCCUAGAUUCAAAGGGAGGACAGUCAGUGAUGCAACUUGGGACAGACUGAGGAAGAAAGCUGUUGACAGUGACACUGUGACAGGACCAGCAGGGCUGGAACAUACAGAUACAGAGCACCAGCAAAAGGAAGAGUCAUCUGAAGGAGAAAGUGUGGAAAUGGAGACAAUUCCUUCAUUGCACAAAACAAGGAGUGCCUUGGAGGAGCUGUUCUCAGAGGAGGACAGGAAAUUGAGGUUGACCAUCCAACAGAAUACCUCGGCCCUCACCCUUAGCGAACGUGUUGACCUAGAGGUUGAGCUCUACAAAAGCCUGCCUCCCAUUACUAUGGCUGAAGAUCCUGUGAUGUGGUGGUGGGAGAAGAGAGCUAUUCUGCCCCUCCUCACAAAUGUUGCAACAAGCUACCUCUGUGCUCAAGCCUCCUCCACCCCAAGUGAAAGGGUGUUUUCAACUGCAGGGAACACAUUAAGCCAGGAGAGUUGCACAUCUGAUGGUACUGCCACUGUAUCCGUCAGACUCCGGGGGAACAAGAUUAAGACGCCGCCUUCCCUGUCCACCUGA